UUCAGUUCACCGGGCAGCCUGAACCUGCAGCCUCCCCAAACAUGAGUCCAUCUGAUCCACAGGUUCUACUUAAUACUGAAACUUGUCGCGCUGCUCCUUCUUCUUCUUCUUCCUUUGGACUGGAUUGUCUUUGGUCACACGAGUGAAGUAGUCUUGGGAAGUAAUGGGAUUAAUUUCUAUCGGCAGUCGCUGUUUGAGGAAAGGCUGAUCUUAACACAUGAACCGACGCGGGACGCCUUCACACGCCGCAACUCAUCAUGAUGGAUGACACAUCGCCUACAACGGGGAAUACAAAUAACUGGAAGGCUCUUUAAGACGGCGACUCGAGACUUGCAAGAUUGGCAUAACCCAUUAAAGAAGCAGUCUGUAAAAGCAUAUCCAAGAAUGAGGAUCAAAUACACAAUAUCCAUCGUCUUUUUUGUGGCACUUGUUAUCAUUGAGAAGGAAAACAACAUUAUCUCAAGGGUGUCAGAUAAGCUUGCAUUAAAGCAGACCCCCCAGACCCCUCUACACUUCAGUGGUCUCUCCCACAUGCUGCUGAAGCACAAUGGCUCCUUUACCUCACUUAACAAGUUGGAAGCUGCCUUCACACUGAUGAAGAGGCGUCUGGAAAACUACAACCAGCGCCAGGAGUUGGUGACGAGGGGCAGGAAACAUAUCCUCCUGUUAGCCACCACCAGAACGGGAUCCUCGUUUGUGGGCGAGUUUUUCAACCAGCAGGGCGCCAACAUGUUUUACCUGUUUGAGCCGUUAUGGCACGUGGAGAAGAUGUUGACGCUGGACACCGGCGGCACCAACGCCACAGCGGCAGUCAAGGCGUACCGCGACAUACUCCAGCAGCUCUUCAAAUGUGACUUCUCCUUGUUGGAAACCUUCAUCGACCCCCUCCCUGUGCAACACGUCACCACCGCCCUCUUCCGCAGGGAGUCCAGCAACUCCCUGUGUGAGGAGUCGGUCUGCAGCCCCGUCCUUAAAGGGGUCUUUGAGCGUUAUCGCUGCCGGAGCAGACGCUGUGGGCCCCUGAACCUGACCAUGGCGUCCGAGUCCUGUCUCCAAAAGGAGCACAGAGUCAUCAAGUCAGUGAGGGUGCGGCAGCUGGAGAACCUCCGUCCUCUGGCUGAGGACCCGCGUCUUGACAUGAAGUUCAUUCAGCUGGUUCGGGAUCCUCGGGCUGUGCUCGCCUCACGCAUGGUGGCUUUUGCAGCCAAGUACAAGAACUGGAAGCAGUGGGCUAUGGGUGGGAACGGGCCCAUUGAUGAUGACGAAGUGAAAAAGCUGAAAGGGAACUGCGACAACAUCAGGAUGUCCGCUGAGAUCGGCCUCAGACAGCCUCCGUGGCUGCGUGGGCGUUACAUGCUGGUGCGUUACGAGGACAUUGCUCGGUUCCCCAUGAGGAAGGCGCUGGAGAUGUACAAGUUUACUGGGAUCCCGUUCACUCAACAAGUGAAAUCUUGGAUCCUGAGGAACACCCAGGUCUCCAAAGAGACCAGUGGUGUUUACUCCACACAGAAAAACUCCUCAGAACAAGUAGAGAAAUGGAGGUUCAGCUUACCAUUCAAAAUAGCUCAGGUUGUACAGAGAGUUUGUGGACCAACGCUGAAGCUUUUUGGGUAUAAAUUUGUAAGCAGUGAAAAAAUGUUAACAGAUAAGACUAUUAGUUUGAUUGAGGACAAAGCCUUCAACUUGAUAUAGACUCACAUGAACUCUGAUGCAGGAAAAAACAACUUUUUGGAAAACUCUGGAAUUACUGAUAUUUAUUAGGGUAUAUUUUCCUGAUACAGAGAGCUUUAUAUUUUCUGAUAGUGUGCUAUUUAAAGUUUUCUACUAUUUAAAAUAGUUUAAUGAAGAAAAUGUAUUGUUUGGUGGGACAUUCAUAUAAAGCUUUUAACCAUUGAAGAAAGGGUGAGACUUUACACAUAGGUAUAGCAUGGGGAAAAUAGGAAGCUAUCUUUGUUUUUGCACUCCGGACUAUUUUCUCUGUCCAAACUGUAUCUGUGGCUUGUCCCACAAGCCUGUCUAAAUUUAAUUCCUUAGCAAAUAUAGCAAAAUCCCUAGGAAGAUAACUGUUGGCCUAUGAAUAAGAAUGAACUGUUUUAAACUCUUCCAGGAACCUCCAUUAGUUAUUUUUGUUACUUCUGAGUUAGCAACAUACAGCAGGCUGCUUUUACGCCAAAGAAACUUGAAGCAAAAUGUUUAUGCAAGCCAAAAAAAAUUGCUUUAUAUAGCAAUGCUCAUGGCAGGAAGAGGAAAUACCAGUGUUUAUCAGGUAAUUUCUAUGCAUGAGAUUAAGAAGUAAUGUCCCAUGUUAAUUUAUUUAUUUCUUCUUUGCAAAAAGUCAUAAUGACUCCAGCUCUGAAUGUGCUCCACAGGUUCUUUUCCCCUCUGCAGGGAAACUUCUCUUGCACACGUAUACUGUAGUUCACUGUACAUGCAUGUUUGUAAUUGGCCAAAGGUUGUUUGAAGUUGUUCUCUGGAUUGUAAGGACCCAUUCUGUAAAAACAGAUGUUUACAGUGCUACUGUUUGCAAACAUUCCAACUGCAGCUGGUUUGCAGGAUUGUGCGAGGUUUGUCGGCAGGUCUGUCUGUUGACACAAGUCUCUCGGCUGGUGAUAAAAAGGGGCCCUGAUACUCUGGCCUGCCAGACUGUAUGCUGAUAUUCCAGUCUGUUCCUUUUGCAUUUUGUUUGUUGCAAUAAACCUUCUUUUACU